AUGUCUGGAAAAGAGAAAAAAAUAGAUAAUUUAUAUGUUCGGAAAAUCAUUCAGGAAGAGCUUGGAAACAUUCUUAAGAAGAUUAAAAAUUCGCUAUAUACUACCGCUCAACCGAUAGCUAAUACCGAG